UCCACAGUUGUUGGGUCCACCAAUGAAAGCGAGCGAGAAUGAAAUAUUAUUUUGCUUUUGUUGUUCGACAAAGCUUGAAGUAAGGAAGUGAUUAUAACCCAGGCUCCACACGCAAUGUUUGGUUUGUUAUAUUGUAUGGAGUUCUUGGAUAUGUAUAAUGAAUCUAAUGUUAAUUUCACAGAUAUUGUUAGGUGUGUUUGGAUAAAGUGGUGAAGGCGAAACAUCGAGGGUAAGUUUGGUAUUGGCAGACAUGGUAAACUUUCGCGUCUGGUUUAUUUACUGCUGGGCUCAGACUGCCUAUAGCUGUUUCUUAGCCGUAGCACAAGUGGUGAAUUCGGUUAUGAUAUACUUUGUUAAACUAAAUAUCUUUUUCCGCAUUUUCUAUAUUUUUUUAGAAGUUCAAGUAUUUCAUAAAAAGAAAUCUUCGUAGUGGUAAAUGGUUGAAUGUCCAAAUUUACGUUCGCGACGUCACUAGAACUCCAAAAUGGUCAAAACCAUAUAUACCGUAUGCUCACCCAGGUAGACACACUGGAUCGCUUACGUCAAUUAUAUUGGGAAUAACAUUCGAUACCACUUUAGCUGGUGGCCAGUGGAAUUAUUGGUCCCAUAAUGUGCCGAAGGUCUCACGGAUAUCCAGUCUUUUUGGGGGGGAAUCGUUCGCGUCGAUGUUUUUAGCUUCCUCUGCAAUACCGAUUUACUUUAACCGUCGUUCAACCCGAUAGAGACAACCUUGUAGGGAACAAUUAGACCAAACUUUUCACCACCAGAUAUAGUUAUACAUUACCCUAAUACUCAAGGCAACAGAAAGGUGCAGGACCAUACACAGUAGGAAGUGUAUUACAGUGUGGGUGCGGCUAACACAAGGAAAAUGUCGGAUAAAAAACAACAAGAGCCAUUUAGGUUGAACAUAAAAACCACCGCAGGACACGUGACCCACACGGUUGAGCAACCAAGCGUAUCGCAAGUUACGUCAUCGUUGCAAGAUAUGCAAAUUAACCCACAAGGAUCACGUGGUGGAGUGACGUCACGAAAAACAACGAUUGAAGAUAUUUUUGCCUCAGAUGGCGGUCGACUACUGCAAGAACAGAAAGGUAUAAAGUUCGACCCAGCUGUUAUUGGACCCAAGGAUCGGCUCAACCAUUACCGAUGUUGUAUGUUGGUUGGAGAGACGAAAGAAGCGAUUCAAAUCAAAGAACAACUGAAGACAGUAUUAAAAGAGAAAUAUGAAACAACGCCCAUUAGAAUCAGAACAUUUGCUGACACUAUCAGGGGUGAAGGGAGAGACACGGAAGCGAUUUUGUUUUAUCAAAUCGCUGCCGACUUUUAUAGAAAUCAGUCGAAAGCAGGUUUGGUCGGGAUAAAGAAUUGCGCAAGGGGGAUCAAAAAUUCUAUCAAGACACUGGUAUCACGUGACGAAGAAUUGAAACCGAUCGUUCUAACCCACGUGAUUCCACUGAUGCGUGACAUGCGAGAAAUGAUUCGACGAUCUGAUGAUGCCAGUGAGGAAGAACGGCGUUUGUGGGAAGUUUUUUGUUUGCAUUAUAUCGAAUUCUGUGAGUAUUUGGUUGGUGAUGUUAAUAGUAGCGAAACAACAUGUAAGGAAGCGAUCGAUAUAAUGGAGAGCAUUUUCAAGGAGAGCGCUGGAAAGUAUAAGGUGUACGGGCUCUGUUUGAACAAUCUCGGUUACACGUAUGCAAACACUUCCCGACCCAUCGAUGCAUGCGAAUGUUACCGCAAAGCUAUUGCAGCUUAUGAGAAAGCUGAGGAUAUCAAUGAUGAUAAAAGAGCUAAAGAGAUUGCCAGAAGCAAAGAAAACUUGAAACGAGUUAGAAAUGAACUUCAACCAAGCGUAUCGCAAGCUACGUCAUCGUUACAAAAUAUGCAAAUUAACCCGCAAGAUCACCAGCAGCCCGCUCAACCAAAGACCCAGAUCGGCAACGACAUUGGAUCCAACAUUGCUCCCGGUUCGUAUCCCUGCGGCCACUGUGCUCUUUGUGGCAACCACAAAAAAAAAACGCAAAAGCAUGGUUACUCCUACCAGGAUUCUUGAAACGCCAAAACGAGUUACGAUACCUCUCACACAAGUUCUCGACUGUAAAAGCGAUGGCAUAUACGUGGCCACUUGCAAAAUUUGUGGCGAGCAAUACGUCGGCCAAACCGUGACAAGUUUCUCUGACCACUGGACAAAUCAGAGAAACUGUUUUAAUGCCACUGGGAUCCUUAAGAAGUUAGCACUUCCUUGGCAUUAUGCGAAAAAGCAUGAAACAAAUUUCAAAAGUAAUUCAUCGCCUGAUAUAGAAGAAUGCUAUAGUGUCACGUUUGUUGAACAGCCAACGACCGAUGAGUUAUUAGAUGAUUGCAAAGAAAAAUGGUAUGAAGCAACUGGCGCCACCAUCAACAUCAAGAUUCCAUGUUGAUACUGCCUCGUAUCAAAUAACUUCCCCCAUUUUUGUAUUUGGUCGUGGUUUCCUUUUCUUGUCUUAUUUUAUUUUGCUGGCCUUUUUACAACCUUUAUUUAACCUCCGCACGUUCAUACGUUAUCUCCCCACACCCCUGCAGCCUAUUACAUUAGCUUUCACCUUUCGCUAUGUUCUUGCUUUCUUUGUUUAUUAACUCCAACUAUUACAAUUUUACUGGCUGUCUAGCGCCACCGUCUGACUGGCUUAUAUAUUGCCUUUCUCCUAUCUUUGCUAUGUGAACGCCGUCUCUCUAGUCUACGUUAUUAGUAUGGGGUUUUGCAUGGUUUUGUUAGCAUCGCCAUUUUAGCGUGACUGUUCAGAUUUAGUUAUUAUGUGUUCAGCUAUUAACAUUGUUGUUAACUCCUACAAUUACGUAUGUUUAUGUUGUUUCCCCGCCAGUGUACUAUGACGUCAUUUUGGUGUUUGUGAUGGGGAGAUGACGC